AGAAGAAAGAAGAAGACGGAAAACGGGUGUUGAUUUUGCGGCUGGCCGGUUUCUACCCUAUAGAACGGCUACGAUCCUCUACUUUUCGACUAUACACACCUGAGAGCUAAAGAUCGAGAGAGGAGGAGCUUCAUUAGCCGCCAUUGCUGCCGGUAGAACGCUUCAAGCGGGAGGAAGUGGACGAUUGAUUGACUAUCCCCCGAAUUUUCUUCAGCUGAGGUGUUUGGAAUGAGAUUAAAAAUCUCCUCGUAUUUGAUUGAUUUGUUUCAAAAGAGGUGGUGGUGGGUGGUUCUGGUUCUUUGAUGGCAAGUUUUAGUGAAUUGAGGUGUUUUGGUCUUAUGAAUAACAAUAAAAGCUUUUCCGAAUGUCUUAUCUGACUAACUUAUUGAGGACAUUCUUUGAGGGGUUUGAGUGGUGGCACGAUUACUUCUGGAAUUCAAAUGGUGUAAUGGCGUUCUACCUUAGAGUAGACAACCUAUUAUGCUGGUUGCCCUCACAAUGUACUACAUUGGCCCAUUUUUCCAAAAGUUAGUCAAAGGGCUUUCUCGUUUUUGCAGUUCAACUAGUUCGUUAAGCAUCCGUGUCUAUCACAAAAAUGGUUCAAAUGAUGAAUAUGUGUCUAUUGAUGAAUAUUUGAUUGAGGGUUGGACACGGCAAAUUACAGAUUCUAGGUAUACAGAUGGGACACUUGAUCUGGAUGAAUCGCAUGACUGUUCUCGAGUUGAAAAUUUUGAUGCAAGCCAUAUACAUGGGAAUACUUUCGCAAGACAGAUAUUUAUUGAACAUACAAGUUUUGAUGCUAAAAGGGUACUAAAUAUUCUACGGCGAGAUGGCCCAGGAUUUGAUACAAAGGAAGCUUUAAGUGAACUGAACUUGAAGGUUUCUGGAUUUCUUGUUAGGAGAGUUCUGUUAGAAAUUCAAAAAUCUGUAGAUUAUGUCAAUAAAGAACGUUGUGCGAAAUUGGCGUACAAGUUUUUUGUAUGGUCUGGUCAACAAGAGCACUACACACAUACAUCUAACACAUAUCAUUUAAUAAUGAAGAUCUUUGCAGAUGCUGAACAAUUUAAGGCUAUGUGGAGACUUGUGGAUGAGAUGGUUGAGAAUGGAUUCCCGGCUACUGCAAGAACAUUUAAUAUUUUGAUAUGUAGUUCUGGGGAGGCGGGAUUAGCCAAAAAAGUAGUAGAAAGGUUUAUAAAAUCGAAGGCAUUUAGUUAUAGGCCAUUCAAACAUUCAUUCAAUGCAAUUUUACAUUGCUUACUAGUUCUAAAGCACUAUAAGUUGAUUGAGUGGGUAUAUGAACUGAUGCUAACUCACCGCCAUUCUGCUGAUACUCUGACCUACAACAUUCUUAUGUGGACAAAGUAUAGAUUGGGAAAACUAAAUCAAUUUAAUAGAUUCUUAGAUGAAAUGAGUAGUAAUGGUUUUGAAGCAGAUUUCUUUACGUUUAACCUCCUUCUCCAUGUUCUUGGAAAAGGGGACAAACCGCUGGCGGCACUCAACCUUUUGAAUCACAUGAAGGAAGUGGGUGUAAAUCCGUGUGUUCUUCACUUCACAACAUUAAUAGUUGGUCUCAGCCGAGCAGGAAACAUGGAUGCUUGCGUAUAUUUUUUUGAGGAGAUGAUUAGACAUGGUUGUGUGCCUGAUGUCGUUUGUUAUACUGUGAUGAUCACAGGAUAUAUUGCAGCUGGUGAUCUUGAAAAAGCUCAAGGUCUUUUUGACGAGAUGAUACUGAAUGGAAAGAUGCCUAAUGCGUUCACUUACAAUUCAAUGAUUCGUGGGCUUUGUAUGGAAGGAAAGUUUGAUGAAGCAUGUUUGAUGCUAAAAGAGAUGGAAAGUAGGGGCUGUAAUCCGAACUUUUUUGUAUACAGCACUUUAGUUAAUAACCUGCGCAAUGCUGGAAAACUUUCGGAAGCUCAUCAUAUAAUAAGACAAAUGGUGGAGAAAGGGAAGUAUAUUCACCUCCUUCCAAAGUUAAAGGGAUAUGGGAGAUAUUGAAGCAGUUAUAAGAGUUUUCAGGAGAUGCUAAAAUUAAUUGGAUUGGCAUGAAGCAGUUGGUAAUAUGCCCUUAUUGCCUGGUUCAUUACAGAAUUCCAAUUCUCAAGGUGUUCUAGCCAUCGUUUUGCACACCUCGAGGAGGAGGGUAGCACCAACAACCUACCGCAAUGACUCCACUUCAAUAUGGUUCUUUCAGUGAGAGUCGUGAGACAUGAGAAUAGAAAACUCCUUAGUCCAAGCCUCUUACCAUUGAAUUACCCAGGUGAACAGGCCAGUCCAACUAAAAAGAGAUUUGUCAUUAAGGAAGCAAGGGCAAAAGAGACUUUUGUCCUUCAUCGCUCCUAUUGGAACCAACAACAAGCUGCAAUCGUUCUCUUCUUCAGUGGUUUUGUCUAGGUGUUGUGACGAAAAAAUUGAUCAACUAAUUUGACUUGUAGCCAGCAAUCUCUUACCAUUUCACAAUAAAUUUCUUUCUUAAAUGGUGAUUUGGAAUAAUAAGUUUACAUGGAGGAGGUAACUAUUCGCAACUUGAACUUAUCUUCUGAAGUUCGGAAACACCAUAAUUUACCUCAACCGCAAUUUCACUGGUUUUGCAAAAGUAGAGUGAUGUAUGAUGGAAGGCAUUUGAUACAACUACUGUAGGUUAGUUAGGGUAUUUUGGUGAGUUGAAAAGUGUAAUUGGAUUCUUUUUAGGGUAUAAAUAUUAGUAUUGUAAAGCUGUGAAAUAAAGUUGGUCUCUUUUUUCUC